GAUCCUGAUUUUUCCGCCAAUCAGAACAGUCGGAGCGAAGACUGUACGAAAUUUGAAAAAACGGCGUCUGUCGGUGGUUCGGACUCGCGAAAGAGUAAAUAUAUACAAAUCCAACAAAAUGGACCCGCUCACGGAAGAGGCGACCAAGAUGUAUUUCUACGAGAACCGACUGAAAAGUUUCGAGGGCUGGCCCUUCGACGAGGACUGUAUGUGCACCCCGGAGAACAUGGCCAAAGCUGGUUUCAUUCACACCCCCUCAGACAACAGCCCAGAUAUUGCCAUGUGUUUCUUCUGCCUCAAAGAGCUGGAGGGCUGGGAGCCAGAGGAUGAUCCAGAAAAGGAGCACAAGUCCCAUUCACCCUCCUGCCACUUCAUCACCCUGAAGAAGAAAGUAGAGGAGCUGACUGUGGAAGAGUUCUUCAAACUACAGAAGGAGAGGAACAAAUUCGUCAUUAACAAAUCCUGCAACGAGGCCAUCACCAAGUUCGAAGACACGGCCAAGCUGAGAAGAUCCGAUAUCAUCAACACGGCCAUGGGAGAGGAGUGAUGGACUGGCUGCGGAUUUUCCUCACCGAAUUGCCUUUCAUGUUUCUUUUGUGUGUUUGUCUCUGUGAUAUUUCUAUCUCUUUCAUCGUCAGUUACUCAAUAAACCUCUUUUAAUUUA